GUGGAAGUUAAUGCUAAAGCAGCUGACGAUAAACAAUUAGUGCAACGUCUUCAAGUUUUACAGAAGAUUCAUGACCACGUUAAGGUGGAAGUUAAUGCUAAAGCAGCUGACGAUAAACAAUUAGUGCAACGUCUUCGAGUGUUACAGAAGAUUCAUGACCACGUUAAGAUGAUUCGAGAACAUUCUGACGACACGGAGGAAGACGGAAAAGUAGCGCUGGAAUGGCGAUUCGCCGCGAUUGUUGUAGAUCGUCUGGGACUCAUCUCAUUCUCAGUGAUUAUGGUUGUCACAACGUUGGUGAUCAGUUUGCGCGCUCCAUACUUGAUGGCUUAG